AUGCCUUCAAACGCCCCUCCUCCAGUUGCGCCUCCUCCAAAGACAAACCCUAGCAUUGUCAAUACCGGCUCGCGACCUUAUCGAUCUCACAAAGUCAGAGCAUGCGACCUCUGUCGCAAGCGCAAGUCGCGAUGCACCGUCGAUAUCCCGGGCCAGUCCUGUGUAUUAUGUCGAAUCCAAGGCGCCGAUUGCCACUAUCAGGAGGAUUCAAUGCAAGAAGACGUGCCAACAAUCGGCGCGGAUAAACACAGUUCAUCGUCAUCUUUCACGGGUCACAAGCGCAAGCGGAGGUCCGAAGUUGUUGACCAGGAUAUUGAUAGCUAUGACAACUCGUCAUCAGAGCAAGUGAACGGUUCGGCGACGUUCCAUAUACCCAGCGAGAAGCGAGACAAUGAAAGCUCGCGUCGGAAAAUCGACGAUCCUCAGAAUGAGUCAGUGCUGAUCGUGGGCCCAGUCGCUGCGGAGGAUGCGCAAGUGAUUGAGAAAUUCAUGCCCUCGGAACGGUCAAGCAAAAUCGAAAAUGGAAACAAGCCGUAUAAUGUGUAUUCAAACGAUCCUCGAAAGCCGAUCCUCUACACUACAGUUUCAAGGCGGCGCCAAGGUGUGCGCAUGGGAUGUCCACCUGGUGAGAAUCAGAAAGAGAUAUUGGAACAUCUACUGGGACCAUUUAAGCAAGACCUAGUCAGACUUUUUAUUGAUCGAUUCAAUGUGGCUUUCCCUGUAUUUGAUGGCCAAGCCUUUUGGGAGGCAUAUAUUUCUGAUGCCGAUGAUCUACCGACGACCCUUCUGUGUCAUGUAUAUGCAAUGUCACUAGUCUACUGGAAACAUACACCAAAAUUCGCUCGUCACCCAAAGCCCGAUGUUCGAUAUGCCAUCAAUCUGACCGUGGCAGCUUUGCACGAAGAUUAUUCGGCCCCUGGAUUGUCAACAGUGAGUGCGGCAUUGCUCGAUCUUACAGGACGGCCUAUUUUCUCCAUGACAGGCAAUGCGAUCAGCUGCGGACGACUAGUAUCGCUCGCACACUGUUUAGGUCUUAAUAGGGAUCCCAGCAAUUGGAAGGUUCCUUUGAGUGAUAAGAAGCAACGAAUCAGACUGUGGUGGGGCGUUGUCAUUCAGGACCGCUGGGGAAGCUUUGGGCAUGGCGUGCCGCCUCAAAUAUCCAAAAGCCAAUACGAUGUUCCCCUGCCCAGUGUCGAGGUUUUGGUAACACAGCCCAGAGCUACAAGCCAGCACAUUCGGGCGGCACAUUGUCAUAUUUCUCUUUGCCGGUUGACGGAAAUAUUGGGUGAAUUACUUCCCCUUGUUUAUCAACUACAAACUAAACCUGGUCGGGAAAACUCGAAAAGACUCAGGCAUAUUCGGACCGACCUGGAUACGUGGGAGGACUCGCUACCGGAAUGGCUUCGUGCUCCGGUUACUGAGUCGGAGAAUCCUUGUAGCGGAGCAAGCAGCUUGCAUCUAGCGUUUCUUGCUGUAAAGAUGCUCGUAUGUCGAGUGGAACUACACGAGGUGAAUAAUACAGAAACCGACCAUCCAGAGGCUCGUCGAUACUUUCAAACCGAAUGCCGCAAAGCAGCCGAAGAAAUCGUUCACUUUAUGUGCUCCUUACAGCCUGCAAAUUUUAGAGAAUUUUGGUUACCUUACAGCGCUUUCCACCUAACUUCAACGGCCACAUUGCUCGUUCGUUGUGCCCUAGAGACUACAGACCAAGAGAUCGCCCGGUCCUGUCUGACAAAUGUCGACAACCUACGAAAUCUUCUGCGAAGAAUCCGCGACGAAGAGGACUUUGACGUGGCCGACAUGUGCUUAGACCAUUGCGAAAGAAUCAUUACUCAGCACCCAGAAAUCAGCAACAUGACAGCUGCAGCCAGUGGCCAACCAGAAGAACAAGCAGCAUACAGAGGUCCCGUGGAGGAGACAAUGGCCAUGAAUCCUGCCGCUAUCAUCCUACCGGAAACCACAACAAACAAUGACAUUGUCGAUGACAUGAUGUCAAUAUCUGGAACAUUCGGCACAAUGGACGGCUUCCCAUUCGACAUGACUGGUAUUUGGGAUGUUUCCGGAUUUCAAGACGUAAAUUUCACCUGA